AUGAUUUAUGAGGCGGAAGGACCCAUCAAUGCGAUUGAUUUGUGUUCUGAUGGAACAAGAGCUGCUGUGGCGGGUCGUGAGCUACUCAAAAUCGUGUCGCUAAAUCCUGACGGCAUACGAGAGGAAGUCAACCUGCGCGACGCACAAAAGGUCAACCUCAACUACUCAUCAAACGAUGUCAAGUGGGGCAAGGAUGUCACUGCAAAGAUGCUUGCGAUUGCAACAACGAAUGGCUCUAUCGUCAUAUGGCAUGCGGAGCAUGAGUCGAGCAGGCGAAUGGACCGUGUCAUCAACGGCCACUCACGGGCAGUCAACCGGCUCUCCUUCAAUCCCGGUAACGGCAGCUGGCUGCUAUCAGCUUCUCAAGAUGGGAGCAUGAAACUCUGGGACCUGCGAGACCGUGAACAUGGCACUCGAUUUACGCUGAAAGGUAGAGCUGAAGCGGUUCGCGAUGUGCAAUUCAAUGCAUCGAAUGCGCUUGAACUCGCUGCUGUGUUUGAUAAUGGGACAUUGCAAAAAUGGGAUUUGCGACAGCCAUCAAUGUAUGAACGCAAAUUGAAUGCUCAUCAAGGCCUGGCCCUAGCAGUGGAUUGGCACGCUGAUGGACGACAUGUCGCUACCGGUGGACGUGAUAAAGUUAUCAAAGUUUGGGAUAUUGGCAGCAGCAACCAACGUAAGCCGGUGGCAUCCAUACAUACGCUGGCUCCCGUAUCUCGUGUGGCUUGGCGGCCAGGGGAUGUUCGAAAGAGCUUCGAUAUUGCCUCUUGCUCAUUUAGUAUGGAGAAUGUGGUUCGUCUGUGGAACCUGAGACGGCCAUACCUCGCCAGCCGAGUUUUUGAAACACACAGCGCAGCCGCGACUGGAAUUGUAUGGCGCGAUGACAAUACCUUACUGACAUGUUCAAAAGAUCGUCACAUCCAUCAGCAUGCAGUGUACACCGGAGCCGCGCCUGUUGAUUAUCUGUCGCACUAUUCUUUUAGCUGGAAUGGUAACAAUGACAUCGCCCGACAAAAGCUUGUGCGGUCCGACACUGGGCCCAAAUUUGAUGCUGACGAGCUGGCUUACGAGCCAGUCCAGUCUUUCGCCACCAUCGAGCCAGAAGACGACCAGGUGGAACUGUUCCGGUAUCUGGCUAUCAACUACGACAUCUCUUCCCAUGAUCCGAUUGCUAGCUGCUUACACAACGCGCAGGUUGCGAAAAGAGCACAGCAAGAUCAGAUUGAAAAGUCUUGGAGUCUCAUCAAGCUGGCUUUGACACAGCAACAGCGUCGAGAGCGGCACGCGCAAGUGCAAGCCAAGAAGAACAGCACAGGAUCAUCCCACAUUCACAAAGACUAUCUGGCUGCCACCAACUAUCGCAAUUUGGGUCACUUCGGCAGUUUUGAAUCAUCCACUGAAAGUGUUCAAUCAGAUGCUGUCUCGACUGGGGUCAUGACGCCAAUGGCCAGAGAAACAGAAGGAAGCGGUGCCACCUUGAAACCUCUGGCGACUUCACAGCCACGUUCGAGCUUGACCCCUGAUCAGGCCGACGACCGACCCUGGGCACUGAAGCAACUCGCUACACGGCUCUUGUCAUAUUAUCGAGAGUUUGGCGAUGUCCAGAUGUGCUCCACGAUGACGCUUGUCCUUCAAGACAAAGUGGCGACUGAAGAACCCCUGGUCGAUGAAUGGCAUUACUGCUAUUUAGAGCUACUUCAACGGCAACGCCUUUUUGUACAGGCGGCUAAACUGAUCAAGACGACCUCUUCAGCCAUGGUGCGUGCCUUUGCUGAGGGUGAUACGACGAUCUACUUGAGCUGCGCCCGCUGCCACAAGCAAGCACCCCUGGUUCGGGAGCGCAACCCUUCUGGCGAAGAUAGUAGCGUUCCUGCUGCGGCGGCAGAGGACUCCAUGUGGUCGUGUGUUCGGUGUAGCAACACGGCUGUCUGUAUCAUUUGUCAACAGGUGAUACGGGGUCAUGCGUCCUGGUGUCAUUCAUGCAGUCAUGCCUCGCAUGCAGCAUGCAAAGCAGCACUUGACCUGGAUGAAGAUAUGGCCGGAUAUUGUGUGGCCCCGAAUUGCCAGUGCAAAUGCCGGGGCUCUAAAUAUAUCGCCUCCGUCAGCUCGUGA